UAAAUAUAUCCAUCCGCCACAAAUGUUUUUAUCAUUUUUACCACUGUUUAAACUUGAAUUUUUAUCAUUUAUAGUCCCAAAUUAGUAUAUAUGAUAUUUACAACUCCAAUCUGAUGAAAUAUUUACUAUAGGGGAGCCCUAAAAAUUGACCCCUUUUGUGUGCAAGGAUAUGAUUUUGCGAAGUGAGUGAAUCGGUAUCCGCCAUCUUGGGUUCCAUUGACCAGGCGAUCGGCUGGUUCCUCUUUGGCCUAUUUCCUCUGCCUUCAAGUCAGCAUGGAUGAAACCUACGACGUGAUUGUGCUUGGCACGGGUCUCAAGGAAUGUAUCCUGAGCGGCUUGUUGUCUGUGGGUGGGAAGAAGGUCCUGCACAUGGACAGAAACAAGUACUAUGGCGGGGAGAGUGCAUCCAUUACUCCACUGGAAGAGCUGUAUGAGAAGUUCGGGCUGGGCAGUCCGCCGGAGACCAUGGGUCGUGGCAGGGACUGGAACGUGGAUCUCAUCCCCAAGUUCCUCAUGGCCAACGGGAUGCUUGUAAAGCUGUUGAUUCACACGGGGGUGACCAGAUAUCUAGAAUUCAAGUCAUGUGAAGGUAGCUAUGUGUACAAAGCCGGCAAAGUUCACAAGGUACCCGUUACAGAAAAGGAGGCCCUAUCAACAAGUUUGAUGGGGAUGUUCGAGAAGCGUCGUUACCGCAAGUUCCUGAUAUGGGUGAACGACCUUGACGAGAACAACCCAAUGACCUUCGGGGACAUCGACAUCGCGAAAGCCACCAUGCAGGAGGUGUACACGCACUUCGGCCUGGACAAGAACACAGCCGACUUCACCGGACAUGCCCUCGCCUUGUGGAGGGAUGACAAUUACAAAGAGCAGUCUUGUAUUGAUACCAUCCGGAGGAUUAAGCUCUACAGUGAGUCCCUUGCUCGCUAUGGCAAGACUCCCUACCUGUACCCCCUGUAUGGACUCGGAGAGCUGCCCCAGGGAUUUGCCAGGUUGAGUGCUAUCUACGGUGGAACCUACAUGCUGGAUAAGGAGGGAUGUAAGAUACAGUUUGAUGAGGAAGGGAAGGUGAUUGGAGUGGAGUCUGCCGGUGAGGUUGCUAAGUGCUCUGCAGUGGUGUGUGACCCGAGCUACGCUGUAGACAAAGUGAAGAAGGUUGGACAGGUGGUGCGCUGCAUCUGUAUCCUGUCUCACCCUGUACCCAACACCAAAGACUCCCUCUCCUGCCAGCUCAUCAUCCCCCAGAACCAGGUCGAUAGAAAGUCGGACAUCUAUGUGUGCUGCGUCUCCUAUGCCCACAAUGUGGCCAGCAAAGGGAAGUUCCUGGCCAUCUGCAGCACAACAGUGGAGACCGACAACCCUGAGGCUGAGCUCAAACCUGCACUGGACAUGAUCGGCCCUAUCGAUCAAAAGUUUGUGAGUGUGAGUGAUCUGUUUGAACCAAUUGAUGAUGGCACAAACAGCAAGCUGUUUGUCUCCACGACCUACGACGCCACCACUCACUUCGAGACGACCUGUCUGGACAUCCUGGACAUUUACAAACGGUACUACGGGGAGGCGUUCGACUUCACGAAGGUCGCGGACCAGAUCCAGACGGUAGCGGACGAAUAGCGAGCGACCAAGCCAGCGAUUCCAGCUCACCAGCACAUUCAUUUAAAGAAAGAAAAACAAAAAACCCUAGCACUUCCAGUUACGAAUCAGAAAUGAUGAGUGUGGUUUUUAGUCCUCAUGCUGUGAUAGAAAGAAAAAUUGAUAACGCCAGAGGGAGAAAGAUACCUACAGGACACAGAUAGGCAUUUGUGGCUCCUUUCGUGGCAGGCGAGUUAGCAUUAUUGAUCGAUAUUGAUAGGUAUUGCCCAGCCAAGCCAAGCCGGCUCUCCAAGGCCGUUGUACGUAGUCUGCAAGAAUUGUGAAAAUACUUGAGUGCCGUCCGUGGCAUACGUGUAUCCAUGAGGCAUAAUGUGUCACACAAACUCUGCAAAAAAAAUAAUAAAAAGAAAAAACAAAAUUGCCUCGUCGAUGAUAAUAAAAACAACAACUUCCGUUCCAAAAAAUCGAGAAAGUGUGUAAAGCUAAUUGUGUAGCUCUAACAUUACAAUUCUGUGCUCUUUUCAUCCAUGGUUUCUAGAUAGCCAACUGACAGACGUCUUGCCUAUACCUGCCAGUAACACUAGUCGUGCGUGGUAGCUCUAUUCUACCAUCUGUAAUUAAGCUAAAUCAUUAAGAAGGGAUCAAGCAAGAAGAAUAAUUCUACCCUAGCCUACCUACUCCUGCCUACGGACUGCAGGAGUUGUUAACCUUAGAUGUAUUUUGCUCGCUGACAUGCUUUGUUGAAAUUAUUGAUAAGGCACCAAAGCUGAAGUAUUUGCGUUAUUGUACAUAAUGAGACCUAAUAAUAUCUUUGUGGUGCAAAUGAGGAUCUGUCUGAACGUAUUAUGUAAGAGCUAUUUCCAGUGUCAUCUAUCUAUAAUGUGUGUACGCUGAAUGUGAUCAGGUACACGAAAUUACACAGUAGUUCCAACUAUUGACAAAGGCUUUCACUUCUGAUGAAUUUGUGGUACUUCCCCUCUUCUUGUCUGUUGUCGAUUCUAUAAAAAUGUGUGAUGUCCGGGGGAAACCUUUGCUAAUGUCCCCAGAACUGCGUAACAGCUUUCAUGUCUUAAUAAAUGACAGAGCACACAGGA